CGAAAUUACACAAAAAGGAAAUCAAGAAGGAUAUUAAGGAAAAGAAUUUGUUAGUGGAUUUUGAAAAGGAAGCUGAUUUUGAUCUUCCCAUGAAUUUAUUUGAAGAAAAGGCUGAAAAUAAAUUUAAAGAGGAAAGUGGUAUUUCUGAAAAAGAUUUGGAUAUAGGGUUAUUGGAAGAUUUUGGAAAAGAACAAUUUUGUGAAUUGGAUAAAGAACUUGUAUGUCCCUUAGAUGGAAAACAAGAAUUGGCAUCUGUUGAAGUUCCUAUUCGAGCAGAAUGCUGCGUUUUUCAUGAAAUCUCUUAUGAAGAUAUUCUUGUUUCUUAUAAAGAAAUUAAGGAAGAAAUUGUAUGUUCUGAAAGUGAAGAAUGUUUUGAUUUGGAAAAAGUAGAAGAAUUUGUUGAUUUGAAUGAAUUUGGAAGAGAAGAAUGUGAUUUGGAAGAAUUAGGUAAAAAGGAUUUUGAUUUGAAAGAAAUUAUGGAAGAAAAAGAUGAUGAACAAGGGAUUUUGGAAUUUAAAUUGGAAGUGUUUGAGAAGGAUCCUGAAAAGGAAAUCCUCCCGACAAGAGACAAAUUGGAGAUUUUGGAAGAAAAUCAAGAAUUUUGGCAAAGAUAA